AUGUCAGCCCCGUUUGAGGAGCGCAGUGGGGUGGUUCCGUGCGGAACGCCGUGGGGCCAGUGGUACCAGACCUUGGAGGAGGUGUUCAUUGAAGUUCAGGUGCCGCCAGGCACUCGCGCCCAGGAUAUCCAGUGCGGCCUGCAGAGCCGGCAUGUGGCGCUGGCCGUGGGUGGCCGCGAGAUCCUCAAGGGCAAACUCUUUGACUCUACAAUAGCCGAUGAAGGGACAUGGACUCUGGAGGAUAGAAAAAUGGUCCGUAUUGUUCUUACAAAGACAAAGAGAGAUGCAGCAAAUUGUUGGACUUCUCUUCUAGAAUCUGAUUAUGCAGCUGAUCCUUGGGUACAAGACCAAAUGCAGAGAAAACUUACAUUAGAGAGAUUCCAGAAAGAAAAUCCUGGUUUUGACUUCAGUGGAGCAGAAAUCUCAGGAAACUACACUAAAGGUGGACCAGAUUUCUCAAAUCUUGAGAAAUAA